AUGAAUAAUAUUGAUGACUUCUUUUCCGAUGCUGCUGUUAAUGCAUUCGUCUCAGGUAUAGAUGUUGAUGUGACAGGGAUUACUGGAGGACCUACAGACGAUGAAGGAAAAAGGGAACUUGCAGAGGCAUUAUUGGAAAGUGAUGAAAUGCUAUUAAGUUCACUAUUAGGUUAAGAAUUUGAAAAAGACAUAAAAGCAGGAAAAUAUAGCCAUUUAACACUUGAUUAAGUGGCAGAAAUACUCUAUUAAAGUGAACUAGCCUCAAUGAUGUACCCAAAGGAUAAGACAAUUAUUAAUGGCUUUUUAACUGAUAACAAAAAUCAAUAGGAGUAUCACGAUUAGGAUUUAAUCGACAUAACCAGGAUGUUUAUCAAGUUAUAAAUAUGA